UCUCUUUCUUUCUUUCUUGCUCUCCAUCUACUCUUGUAUCCCGAGGCUGCCACGCCGGACGGAGCGCACCGCUGCCGCACUCGCGCCGCCGCUUUCCACGGGACUCCCCCGCCCCCCGAGUCUCCCACGACCAUGACGGAGGAAAGUCGGGGCAAGAGGAGGAAACAAGCCAACCCGAGGAGAAGUCGAGUGGAUGCAGAGCAAGUGGGUUCACUGGGGUCCGAGGGAGAGGAUGAGGUGGGCCUCUGGAGUCGGGAGCCCCAGGACUACCAGGAGAGCCUGGACAAGACGAGUAGGACUCCCAGCGAGGGCACGGAAGAUCCCGGCAGCCCCGCCCUCUCCGGGCAGACCCACAGUCCCGGGAGCGGCGGCGGCAGCGGCGACAGCGGCAGGAAAUUCUGGGCCCAGGUGGAACCAGAAUCCGAGGCCACAGACGACGGCGGCGGCGGCGGCGCCUCUGCCGGCGACAGGGAGGGGGAGCAGGGAUCACUGAGGAUGCACUGUAGGAGCUCCGACUCCCACAUAGACUUGGAAGACCUCGCUCAUUACGACUUCCUGGCCAAGCUGAGGAAGGCCUCCACCUCAGCCGACCUUUUAGACCAUUUCGGCCGCAACGGCACCGCCGCCGUGCACCGUCUACACGACGGCGGUGGGGGCGGGACCAAUGAGGAGUUACCGCCUGCUAUGUGGUCCCCUGGAGUUCAACACCACUCCCCUGAGGGUGCAGAUUCAAGAAGAAGGCUGCAGGCCUGUCCCUUCUGUCACAGGACAUACCAGCAUGGCGCCUCACUGAGGGACCACAUCAAAUACUGUCAGGAGAGGGACCGGGGCCACAUGCUGUGUCCUUUCUGUGGAUACAGCGCCCCCCAUAGGGUGCAAUUGGAGCAACACCUGACACUUCACCACCAAAUGCAGGACAAGAGCGGCAUCAGUUUGGAUCAAGGCGUUGAGACCAGGAAGUUCAAAUGUCUGCAGUGUGGAAAGGCCUUCAAGUACAAACACCAUCUCAAAGAGCACCUUCGCAUCCACAGUGGAGAAAAACCGUACGAGUGUGCCAACUGCAAGAAACGUUUCUCUCACUCGGGCUCCUACAGCUCCCACUUGAGCAGCAAAAAGUGCCUCGGCAGCGGCGGAACGCUCGCGAAUUCUGGAGGAACGAGCGCUCUGUUUAACGGACAUCAUCAAAACUCAUACCAGCACUCCUUUUCGGCAUCUCCGAGGAACAGCAAGGGCUCUCCUUUGGUGUUGCAAGUCCAAGAUAUCAGCAGGCCCACGGGCCAUGGACCUGACGAGCCUUCCCAGCUUUCAGGGCAGGAUUUCAGCUUCCGGACUUCAAAGUUGGCUUCCCUUUGCAAUCCCGCCGCGGAGCUUUCUUUGAGAGCCAGCAUCUUGAAAGGGAGCACCCUACUGCCUUACCUCCAAUCUGGCUCCAAGUUUGAGCAAAUGCUGCAAGAGAUGCUCCACAGGGAGACGAGGAAGUACGAGGACAUCGACAGGAACGGAGGAGGUUCCGACAGGAAGGUGUCGCCGGAGCGAGGGGCUCCGGGAGAGGAGUCAGGAGAGUGGGACAGAGGGGUUCUCGGUGUUACGUGUCGCUGGUGCUCCCAUGUUUUUCCCAAUGCGGCGGUUCUCCUGCAGCACGAGCGCUACCACUGUAAGGGCGAUCGAGAAGCCGUGGAAGUGCCUGAGGCUCUUCAAAACAAAGACCACCACUCGCCGCCUUUGUCCAGGUCGGAGAGCAGCAGAACAAACGACGUAACCAACGGAGCCUCAGGAAACGAAUCCCCGGUGCAGAAGUGGCCCUCGGUACCUCACCAGCUUCUAGCCGCACUGCGUUCACCUCAAGACCACUUGGAAUCUUCGGGUCAGGAGAAAGGAAGCCCCAGCCGCGCCUCGGAGUUGUUGUCCCCUCUCCCCGGAAGAAGACUGCUAUCUUUGGGUUCUCCUGUUGGCCUGGACCUCAGCGCCCAGCCCCCAGAACUCUCCUCAGCUCAAAACGAACCUCUGGACCUCUCUGUGCGCAAGCAGAUGGAAGAGCGAAGAAAUGACGGCGCCGGCAAAAGGGAAAGGACAGAAGACGGGAGCAGGCAGAUGAGGCGUCAGAGUCCCAAUCAACUUUCCGACCAAGCCUUACAUCCUCACCCACUCUACAGAGCUCCUUUGUUUCCACGCUCCUUAUACAACGGGUUCCCUUUCUUCAGCCAGUCUGCUUUGGGCUUUGCGGGCCAUGACGGCAUGUCACCACUUCCUUUCAGCCCAUCACCCGUCGGCCCCGGAUUUCUUUCGCCUUUGGCUUACAUGGUGGAGGCGGAGUCGGAGGCGACCUUGAAGAAGCUCCACCAGGAGAGACAAGCGCUCAUGGGGGAGGUGUUAAACCGCGGUGCUCUCGACUACCUCUCGAUGAUGGAUGAAAGCUUGGAGGGCGAUGGCGGACCAGGACGUAAGAGGCUGAAGAAGACGGACGAGGGUCUGUACGCUUGCGACAUCUGUGACAAAACCUUCCAGAAAAGCAGCUCUCUGCUCAGACACAAAUACGAACACACAGGCAAGCGUCCUUACGAAUGCAAAGUGUGCAACAAGGCUUUCAAGCACAAGCACCACCUGAUCGAGCACAGCCGCCUCCACUCGGGGGAGAAACCCUACCAAUGUGACAAGUGCGGCAAGCGCUUCUCGCACUCGGGUUCGUACUCGCAGCACAUGAAUCACCGCUACGCCUACUGCAGCAAGGACCAGGACACCGACCAAGACCACGACGAAGUGCCCGCCGUUCUGUCCGCCGAGGACACCCAGACGCCGCAGUCCUUCCUCAGCGACGCCAGUCUGGACGGAGCCUCAGAGGCCCCCAAAGAGGACCGAGAAGGAAGAGUUGAGGAAGAGCCAGUAAGCCGAGAAACGAGGGAGGACGAGAGUUGCACUGGAGGAAACCACUUUGAUGGAGCGGCGCUUUGGGGAGCCCACCCCCAGGUCCAGAACGGAGACUUGGAUAAAUGUGAACUGAGCCUAGAUAUAACAGAUCUACCACGGAUACAAACUUGAGAGAGUCUUAAUAGCCAAAGCAUUGAUCAAGGUUUCAUUAGCAUGCCAAAGAAACACACGACCGCUCAAGCCAAACACGAGACCAACAAAGUAUUUUAUAAAGCAUCCUAAAUUUUUAUGUAUUGUCUGUUUUUAUAGUAUGCUAAAGCUAAUUAAGCCAGUUGAGAUUCCUAUGCUAGCAGUGCUAGCCAAAAUAGCUUGCCUACAUUCUUCUGCCUUUGGAAUCCAUCUGUCCAUUUUCGAUAGCGCUUCCCCAACAAAGUCUCAGGUGAGCUGGAACAUUUCUUCAUCUACAGCGGACGCCCGCUGACGCGCGGCGGGGUAGGAACCGGGCUGGCCCGCCAAUAGCCAAAACCUGCUGACAACACUGGUCAGCAAAUUUAACCUGAGAUCCAAGUAAUCUUUUUAUCUUAUUAAGAUUCAGAAUCUGUCCUCAUUUCUCUCUCUAACACAUCAGGUUUUCAUAAUAAUAAAAUAACAAUAAUAUGUAAUGUAGUAAUAUAUUUAGUAAUAAAGUAUUUCUGAAUUUGGGUUAUGUUCAGCAAUAGGCAUUUAAAUUAUAAAUUGGCAAAAUCCGUAUUGCGCAAGCUUUUUAUUGGUCAAACCUAAAAUAAACACAAAAAAAAUCUAAAAAAAAACAAUGUGCAAAGGGGAAAAAUGAAAUCAGUGUAAAACAACAUUUCGAGACACACAAAACCAUCUCUGAUCAAAAUUUGCUGUCAUUGAUAUAAAUAAUUCAGCAAAAAAAACACCUCCGAUACGCAAUUUCAUAAUGAAAAUAUACACAGUAUAUUUAAAAAAUAUAUUUAUGAUGCAUUUUGCAACAAGAAAAUUGGCCUUUUCUACAUUAAUUUGUUCUAUGCAGCCCCAUUAGUCGAAGCACGAUAUUCUGAUCAAUAUUCCAUUUGUGGAAUAUGAAUCAAAAAGCAAAAUCCGCCUGAUUUUUAUCCAUCACAGUUUGUGGUCAUUUUAUCACUCGCUGUCAACCGAAAAUGACAUCGCAGUUGCUCAGGGCUCACCUGUUUUCCGAGUUUGGUCAUGUGACGUUCACAAGCCGAGCUGGAAUUUGCUUGUCAUGCGUGGCACCUUUUUUUGAUGUGAAUGGACACCGCAAGACCAUCUUAUCUUCAACAGCAGGUUCUGCUAUGCAAAUGACUGACAAGUCUUCGCUGUCUUUAAAUGCCUUCAAACACACACACACGGUGCACACUUAACAGUACAGUAUAUAUGUAACAAUCUAUAUUUUGUGAUUUUUUUUAAUGUUUUUUAUUAUUAUUAUAUAUUUGUCUGCAUGUUUGUGCAUAUUUGUAAUAAAUUGUAUAGAUACUUUACUGCAA